AUUUAGAUGAGAAGUAUGACGUUAAUUCAGUAUGGUAACAUUCUUAUCUAUGUUCAAAACAAGGGUAGCUUUGCUAAAAUACCUUUUUUCUUUGUCCAGGAGAGAAGUGUGUUACUUCGCAAAUGGUACAAUUUGAUGAUGGAUAAUAAAGAUGACCUUGCUAAGAUAAUUACAGCAGAGAAUGGAAAGCCCUUGAAAGAGGCGCAAGGUGAAAUUCUGUAUUCUGCCGCCUUCCUGGAAUGGUUUGCAGAAGAAGCUCGUCGCAUUUAUGGGGACAUUAUCCCACCUUCUGUGAAAGAUAGAAGAAUCUUGGUACUGAAGCAGCCUGUUGGAGUGGCAGCCAUUAUAACCCCUUGGAAUUUCCCUAGUGCUAUGAUUACACGGAAGGUUGGUGCAGCUCUGGCAGCAGGCUGUACUGUGGUGGUGAAGCCUGCAGAAGACACACCAUUAUCAGCGUUGGCACUUGCUGAGCUUGCAAACCAGGCUGGAAUUCCACCAGGCGUAUAUAAUGUUGUCCCCUGUUCCCGACAACAAACCCCAGCUGUGGGAGAGGCUCUCUGCACUGAUCCCUUAGUAGCAAAAAUUUCUUUUACUGGCUCCACUGCUACAGGAAAGGUAUUGCUGCACCAUGCUGCAGGGACUGUGAAGCGGGUUUCCAUGGAGCUUGGAGGGCAUGCUCCAUUUAUAGUGUUUGAUAGUGCUGAUGUGGACCGAGCAGUUGCAGGAGCAUUAGCUUCUAAAUACAGAAACUCAGGGCAGACAUGUGUUUGCACAAACCGAUUUUUGGUGCAAAAAAGGAUCCAUGAUGCAUUUGUGGAAAAAUUUGCUAAAGCCAUUGAGAGAGAGUUACGUGUAGGAAAUGGAUUUGAUGAAGGAACUACUCAAGGGCCAUUAAUUAAUGAAAAAGCAAUAAAAAAGGUAGAGAGACACAUUAGCGAUGCAGUUUCUCAAGGAGCAUCUAUCAUGACAGGAGGGAAACGACACAGCUUUGGAAAGAAUUUCUUUGAGCCUACUCUGCUCAGCAAUGUCACAACAAAAAUGCUUUGCACGCAAGAAGAGACAUUUGGUCCGUUAGCACCAGUUAUCAAGUUUGAUACUGAAGCAGAAGCUGUUGCUAUAGCAAAUUCAGCCAGCGUGGGUUUAGCAGGAUAUUUCUAUUCUCGAGACACAGCGCAGAUCUGGAGAGUUGCAGAGCAGCUGGAGGUUGGAAUGGUUGGUGUUAAUGAAGGGAUUAUAUCCUCUGUGGAGUGCCCUUUUGGUGGCGUAAAAGAGUCUGGCUUAGGACGAGAAGGUUCAAAAUAUGGUGUUGAUGAGUACCUAGAAAUAAAGUAUGUCUGCUUUGGGGGCUUAUAAUUUGCAAAAAUGAUGCAAUCCACAAAGGCCUGGAAAUAAUUACUUGAUUCAGGACUAUCCGUGUAUUAAUGUGACAUUUACUUUUUUCAGAUCCAAGUAACGUUAUUGUGUAAAUGUAGAGAGAGAUGUUUCAUUUAGCUCUGUGCUGAUAUUUGUAAAACACAAAUACUACUAGUUACAUAGUUUUAAUUAAUAACCAAUAUUUGAGUGCCUCAGGUGGGGGGGAGAGCAGGGAGGGAGGAAUAACUUAUGUUGUUUGAGUUAUUCUAUGUAACUAGGAAGGAUUUGGAAAUCUGUGCACAAUGAACAUCAUAAUGUCUGUUCUGGAGGAGAGACUUUUUUUUCCCUGCUGUCUCUCCUAAUAUUCAUGCAUUGAUGUAGUAGGUGGAAAUGGGGAGGAUAGCUUAUUGUUUAUGGUUUUGUGCCAAAUAUGCACUUAAUUCUCAGCUCACCUAGGUGGGGGUAGAACUUUUUCAGUUCUUUUCUCAUGAAAAGUUUAAUGAAAAUAAUGUGGUGCCCAUGAAGGAGAGGAAUUGAUAGUAAUGGCUGGAACUGCUAGUCCACAGCUGUGUCAGUAGUCAGUGUUGAUUGCAACACUACCUGCCGUUGCAGCUUUGAGCCUCUCCAGUGCAAAGAGGUCCUGACUUAUGGCAAGAAACUUAAUAGUGUGGGGAACAGAUACAGACCUUAUUUCCAUGGUAGCACAGGCUGGGUGCAUCCCAGCAGUCUGUGUAACUGGUUGCACAGUGAGUCAAUGGAUCUUGGGAAACAGCUAGUUUAGUGUAUAGCCGGAGCAGGUUUUAUGUAUAGUGCAGGGACAUUCUGCCAAGCUGAUGUAGAGAGGAAUCAUGCCAAUGAGCUCUACAUGACAAUAUAGAUUCAUUCAUUCCCCUGCGUAAGACCAAGAUGACCCUAUAUGGGAAAGGGAAGAGGAUGGUCAUCAGGGUCAGUGUUGCCAACUGACUUCAAGGAGAACUUUCCCCCUACAAGCUACUUCAGCUUCCUCAGUGACCAAGACUCAUCACGCUGUACUCCUCCUAUGGCUUUGGCCGUGAAUGCCACCAGGGUCUGGACUGGCAGAUGUCUGUCGGAGGGGGACUUAAACACAUCUAACUUACAAAGUAUUAAGGAUGGUGUACGUCUUUAGAGGGAGCCUUUGUACAUCACCCCAUUACUUGGUGUAGCCCAGUUGAAAGCAUCAUUAAAAGAUGAUGUAACAGUUCUUUAGUAUGAAGCAAAUGAUGGUGUAUUAAUAUUCUUGUGACUAAAAAUAAGCGCUUUAUUCACUAAACGAAUCUUCGUUGGAACAUCCUAUAGAAAACUUUAAACUGGAGGGGUGAAGUAGAAGUUAACCAAAAAUGAAAGUGCUAACUCCUAUAUAGCCAGACUGUUUUACAUUAAAUUACUGAGUGAAAGUGAGCCAACCUAUUUCUCUAUACUAUUUGAAUGUACCUUAUCAAAUGGUUUAAUUGAAUACAAUUGCCUAAGAUAGGAGGAAAUGUAUGCGCACACAGAGUAGUGUUGAUUGCUACUCAACAUUUUACAUGUUUAGAUGAUUUUUCUAUUACUCUGUUAUGUCUACACUGCAGGCUUUUUGUGCAAAGACUUGCAGAGCACCUACACUGCAUGCGCAUUCUUACGCAAAUAAAGUUACAAUACAGUGUUGGAAAACAGGGCUUCUUCCGGAAAAGUUAUUCCUCUCUUCAUGAUGAAUAAGCCCUCUUGCGCAAGAGCUCUUCCAGAUGAAGGUAGUGUAGACAGGCAACAUGAAUUUCUUGCGCAAGAGAGAGUCCACACUGCCAUGAACACCCUUGCGCAAAAGCACAUGGGACUCUUGUGGAAGACCUUUUGCACAAAACAGUUCUUGCGCAAGAAGCCUGUAAUGUAGAUGUAGCCUAAGUGUGACUGGAGCUCAUUUUUUAUUGCCAGGGUAAAAUGCAUAAGUGCAUUGUACUGAAGUGAUGCCACAAAAGGGAUUUGGAAAGGACACUCAUUGCCCUUGCAGAAGUCCCAAAUACAAUAUAUACACAAAUUAAGGUACUUUAUCAACAGCAGUGUGUGGUGUUGGGGUUAAUUAGUAUACAGAUGACUUGUUUAUAUUAACCAGUUUUAAACUCUUGUAGGUAAACAUAUACAAUGUCCUGAUUUUUGAGAGCAUUGUGUUAUGGCUUAUAUGAAAGUAGAGCAGCUAAAACAAAAUAUUUUUCUUAUUCAGCAGAGUGUGUUGCAGACAGCCAGUACUGCCAUUCCAAAGUGCUAGUGCUUGUAUAAAGCAAGCACACAGGCACUUUUAGAAGUAUCUUAGGCAGGUGGACCUGUCACUUCAGCCCAUCACUCCAGUUGUACUGUUCUGACCAGUUGCCCCCAUGACAGA